GAUACUUAGGUACAUGAUGAUAUGAGCACCACCGGCGGUACCUUAGGUACCCGAUUCUGACAGUCAUCUCGGAAGCACAAAACCUCAACCACGACUCCAAAGCUACGAAAUCGAGCUGAACAAUUUCAAAUUCCCACCGCCUCACCAAUCUCUCGGCACGCAAUCCUGCCGGGGCCGAAUAUACACACCGGCAAACACUUUACCUGCCUACACUUACCUAGGUAUAUCCGAGCAGACAAAGAACCAUCUAGAUAGAGGGACGGGAUCUAGCACGCCUCCUUCAGAACCAAACCAUGUCCCACCCACGGGUAGAAGAAGUAUCCGACAGCGACCUCUCUGAUCCGAGCGAGGGCGACAUCGAUGACUUCGCCGAAUCCGAAAUUCUCCGAUCCAUAAACCCGCCCCCCUCUGCCCGCCCACCCGCUGCCUCGCUGUCAUCCACCACCCCGCCCCCGUCCUCCGCGCCCCUCGUCCACCCCACCAUGCUCCCCCAACCGCAGCAGAUCCAGGCCAGCGACAUCAAGGACUACCAGAUGCUGUACCCGGUGUACUUCGACGCCUCGCGCUCCCGCGCCGAGGGCCGCCGCGUUUCCAAGUCUCUCGCCGUCCACAACCCCCUCGCCCGCGACAUCGCGAGCGCCUGCGCCUCGCUGCGCCUGUCGCCCGUCUUCGAGGCCCACCGCGUCCACCCCAAGGACUGGGCCAACCCGGGCCGCGUCCGCAUCAAGCUGCCCGGCAAGUCCUCCUCCUCUACUCCCGUGCCCGCCCCCGCUUCGUCCGACGUCAAGAACAAGCACCACCUCUAUAUCCUCAUCGCCAAGUACCUACAAGCACACCCCACCACCGACCACAGCGACGCCCUGCGCCGCGUCCGCGUCCCCGGCCUCAACGCCCCGGCCGAUAGCGAUCCUUGGCCGCGCCCCGUCGUGCCCCGCGGCUGGAAGAUGGGCGACCUGCUGCCCGCCUACAGCGCCGCCAUGACCGGCGGCGGCGUCAGCGAGAACGCCUUCAAGGACAUGAUGCGCGAGAUGCAGGGCGCCGGCGGCGGCAGCCCCGCUGACAUGAUGAGCAUGCUCGGUCAGGGGCUCGGCGGGCUCGGCGGUAGCUCCGGCGGUGCCGGGCCGGGCCCGGGCAAUGAGAGCGGUAGCGGUAGUAAGAAAGGAAAGAAGGGCAAAGCAAGGGCAUGAAGGGAUGAAGCAAAAAAAGUACGAGAGCGGAAAAUGGAAGGUCGGGAACACCAAGCAUCAAAUCGGCGUGCCUAUGGGGAUUAUAGGAAAACCGGGAAUGGUCCACUCUAUCCGAUGGGAGAGGCUUCGUAGGUACAGUUGAUAUGUAAAUACAUCCAGGGAGUCCAGGUGGUGAACUCAUAAUAUAUGUUAACAUUUGACUUUGGUUUUUGUCAUAUGCUACAUAUCGUCAAAAGACCGUAGUCGUACAAGGUAGAAUAAAGGGUAUCUCUCACACACACACAUCCACCCCUGAUAAUUCGUAAAAGACCCCUCCCUCCUAUCUCUCCC